AUGACGGAAUACUUCUCCCAAAGAAACUUCAGCAAUGUGACCUCGACAAUUCCUCCGACACUACAGCCUCAAGCUGCGUACGAGGAUAAGCUUGUGUGGCUAAGAGUUGUAUUUUAUGGUGUAAUAAGCAUUGUUGGUACCGUAGGAAACGCUCUGGUCAUAUUAGCAUAUCGAAAUCCUCGGAUGCGAAGUGUAACCAAUCUUUUUAUAGCGAAUUUGGGCGUUGCAGAUCUGACUGUGACUCUCAUAAACGUUCCCAUCACAGUGACGUAUUCUGUACUACAGUACUGGCCAUUUGGCGAGUUUCUUUGUAAAGCCAUACCUUUUAUACUCGGGGUCACUCUCUUCUCCUCCGUCGGAACGUUGAUAGCCAUCGCAGCGGACCGAUACCGCGCUAUAGUCCAUCCACUGCUUCCAAGAAUUCGAACGCGACAUGCGAUCAUGAUCAUUGCAGCAAUUUGGAUCGCCGCGUUCAUCUAUCCAAUUCCGUUAAUAAUUUACCAACAUUUUACAGAAGGCCGGUGUGAAGAAAAAUGGUCCACAGAAAAGGCUAAGAGGAUCUUCACGGUUGCUGUGUUUGCAGCACUUUAUCUGAUACCACUGAUCGCCAUAUCGGUACUGUAUUUUUUAAUUUGUCACAAUCUUAACACUUCGGAAUCUUCUACUCAGGAAGGUAAGUGCUGGGCAGCAAAUUCCUGUCAUUUCAUAAUGUAAGCGAGUGAUAUUUCAUUCGUUAACGGAAAGUUUACGCGAGAUGAGGCGGAAACAGAUUUUUUUACAGAUACACAGUUAUUUGCUGCUAUGAAAAGCCUUGAAUGCAGCGGCCUGUUUCGGCGUGAUCUGUUAACGUUUGCCUAAAUACAUACGGCGUCUGCGUUUACCAAAACCAAAACGCGUAAAUUGUGAAUUAUUAACAUUACUUUCAAACGUUUCGUUCUAAGCCGGAUUUAUUCUGAAAAGUCCCUCGUGCUGUAUGUUUUUUUAAAUACUGCUCCUCGAGUGGGUGAAAAAGACGAAUACGAGCCCAAAUGUAAGCUUUCUAGAAUAUGUUAAGCCUAAAAGAAAAAAUUGGGAUUGGAAGCCAACUCAAAAGGUCUGUUUGCUGUUUCUAAUCUAUAAACAAAUACUCUAAACCCAAAUUUGCAUUAAUGAUAGUGGCUUUUCCACUCGUAUUUCAUACGAGGAGAACGUGACAGCUUCGAGAUCUUAAGAAACAACAGCUUUUAAAAAUCUGAAAUAAUGGUCUAAAAAUGUGAAAACAGCUUUCAAAAUAAUGGGUCGAGGGAUUAAAGCCACAAUACUUCCGCUGAAACUAUGAUGAACCAGCCCAGGCGUUUCAAACAUCGUCUUAAUUUUUCGGGUAACGAGAAAUAGAAGUAUCUGUAGUCCUACAAACAUGAACGAAAAUGCUACUUUCUUGAAUGCAAAAUCCCAAGCGUGUUUCUUUGAAAUUGAGAGUAGGUUACAUGUUUUAAAACAGUCUCUUUGUCAUUUUUUUAGUUAAUGGAUUAAUACAAACAAUGAUUCUUCUUUAAGAAGAAAGAUGCAGAUUUUAAUCUAUGUAUUCUGCUUCUUUGUUAGUAUUUUAAGGAAGAAAUAUUGGAAGGACAGUGUGACUGUUUGUGCAGUUUGUUUAUUUCAGUUGCUUGUCACUGCAUUGUAAUAGUUGAAAGAGUAAAAAAAUAAAUGAGUAUGGAUAAAAACUUCAAAACAUCGAUGUAAACAAAGCAAUUUGCAGUGGUAACAAAAGAGGUAAAAUAUUUCCAUAGCAGUCGAAUUCUUUUUUUGCAUUUACAAAAUUGAAUAAAAACAUCACCUACUGUCGUUAUUUCCGAAAAAUAUAUUGUUUUUAUGCAACCGGAUUCAGUACGAAGGUGUUCACAGGAGAAUGCAAGCAACUUUGAGAAUAAAAAGAAUAAAUAAAUAUAAAUAAAGAUAGCUUUCGGUAUUAAAACUUCUGCUGAUAAAAUCAGCCAAAAUCAGGUAAACAGAACAGCUAAGUGUUCUCGACGAAACACCUUCAGUCACAAUUUGGAUUUUCUUCAGAACUUUUCCGAGUAAGCAGUCGAAUAGAGAGAUUAAGCUGAAGACUGUCAUACAAUUAUCAGCAUUAUAGGCUUAAUAAUCAGCUUUUAAUAUAGAGACAUUGUCGUUUUUCACCGGGAUAGAGCCGCUCUACUCCAGACGUAGAAGUAAAAAAAAUUCCCAAACGUAGAAGGAAAAAUUCCAUUUUUAGAGCAUGCAGGACUGACCUUAGCCAUUAAACCCGUUUCAAUUAACCUGAAGCAAUAUAGCCAUGUUUACAAUGAUUGAAGUCGCAAACUAAAAAGGAGUUAGGCACAUUUUUGGCCCAGAAUUUUUGUAAAUCACCCUGUGUGCAGAAAAAGUUCCCACCAUUGUGCGCACACCAAAAAUUCCCGAAGGAAACUUCCAAUGAAACGGAAAUUUUACUGAUAAACAUCUUGCUGUAGCCGUUGUUUAUUUGCAUGACCUUUUUGAAAUACAUGGAGGCUUGCUGUGUGAAAAGGAUCGCACGCUGUUCUUCCUUGAAAACGUAAAAUUGUCAGAAUUAAUAACAUAACUGACAUUGACUUAUGGGUUUUAAAACAAAUGCAGGUUGCGCAAUGAACAUAAAACAAUCCAUUCAGUCGUCUAUCUCCGAUUGUUUUGCGUUGAAUCUUCGUGACUCUAUUUACUAUUUCCUUUUAAAACUCACAAUUUUCGAUAGAAAAAUCAAAUUUAAGUUGUUUAAUAUAACAUUUAGAUCUGACCGUCUUUCCAGUUCUCUUUCAUUGACAAAAAUAGAGGCUGUCGUUUGUGAAUAUUUAAUUACUUUUCUUGCCUCUUAAAGAUUUACGUGCAGCCAAAGGCGGAUCAAAAAAAAAAAAAAAAAAAAAAAAAAAAAAAAGAAAAGAAAAGAAAAGAAAAUAUGAGUAAAAGAAGGAAAAAUUCAAUUGAUUUCCGAGACUUGAAACGGCGCUUUCGAGUUAAGUCUUCAUAAACAUGUUGACGAGUAUUUCAUAAUAUGGCAGAUUUACAAUUAUAAUACAACUUUAAUUGGUACCGGCCAUUACAUGCGGCUCUAUUGAACUGGCAAUUGUCUUGAGAUAUCGACAGGUGACUGGCACAUUCAUCGAGAGGAGUCGGAGAAAUUCAGCGUAAUUUUGGAAGCCUAGUUCUUUAUGUUCUUUUUUUUCUGUCUUUUUUUUUUUUCGAGAAAAGAAAAGGACAGCGUAAUCUCUGAACCAUAAGACACUGUCCUUAAAUGUCAAUUAUUUGAGAUUAAGAGUUGUGAUAAAGGAUGAGAAAUUAUCUGUCUCGCAAGAAGGAGAUAAGUUAUUUGAAAAGCCAAUAUUGAUUGUUGACUAUAUAGAAUAAUAUUUGAUCUUACUUGGGAAUAAUUUUUUCCUGGUAAAGACUCUUGAAACAAUUGUUUAGUGAAGUACAAUUGGUUUGAAAAUAUUUAAAAAAGGGUAAAUUCACCGAUAGUAAUUUAUAUCAAUGGCGACUUUCUCUAUCAACAAGUUUAACUGAUAACCCCUUUUUGACAUAAAUUUAAACAAUAACAGAAUACUCAAUAGUAAUAAACUUCACAAUCAAGAUUUAUUUCCUUUUUUUUUUCUUUUUCGUUUCAUUCGCAAUUACUUUCUUAACCUAACAUUUUCCCUAUUUUACGUUACGUUCACUUCAUGUCAAUUUUUUUUGCUCAGGCCUAAAAGGCCGCAAAAAGUUAACUGGCGGUAAGUUUCUAAGUACUAAACCUGACAAAAAUGCAAUAUUAAACUCAAUUUAAAUCUUUCGCGAAGCUGUCGGUGAAGGGCUUUUCGCCCCUUUAGUUACAUUGUACUGUAUCUCGUAAUAUGUGGCUGCCAUACAGUGUUCCGAACGGGGUAUAAGAACGAUGACAACUGUGAUUACUGAUGCUUUCUAAGAAAAUUGAUUUGCUUUUGAGUAAAUAACUUUAAGUCUAACUAGCCGAUUGAUUUAUUACGUUGUGUGAGUUGUACAAUUUUGACGAUUCGUAUUCUCUGUGUAGACUCAUUUUCUGGUCACAUGCUGCACGUUUUGCGUCAAAGAUCGGUUUGUUUUCAUAAAAAGACCACACAUUUUAUGGAAUUAACAGUGUUCCUGUAAUAAGCUAACUAUUCGAUCUCUUACAAAAUUUUCCCAGUCUUUUUUUGUCCUUUAGUGGGCUUGGAUAAACAGUUUAUUGUGUUCGAGCUCUGCUGCACACGAAAGUGUGGGAACAUUGAUUUCCCCGCGCUUACAAACUUAACCAAAAACCUAUCAGAGAUCUAAACGUUAAGAAACAAUGAUUAAUUCUUUUCGCGAGCCUAUGUUUUCAUUUAAGGGGAAAACUUCAAGUUAAAUCGGUUUGAUUUAUUAAGCCUUUUGUUUCACUAACGCAUCCUUGUCUCCUUUUCCGAGGCCUCCAGUCAUUUCUGGUUUUCUAGGGCAUUCCAUACAAUCUUAAAAUCUAGGAGUCAAAAUGCGAUAGUCAUUGGAAGAAAAGCCUGUAUUAUUUUAAUUUCCUGCAAUUAUAGUAUGCUUCCGAAAACAUCUCAUUCGAUAAUCUCUCACUGCCGGAUGAGAAGGUUUUAAGACAAGAAAAAAGGUGGGUUUAAUAAAAUCUUUUUCUCUCCUUUUUUUUUUCUUUGAGUAAAACAACCCCCUGGUGCUUCAACGAACACACUUCUCCAUUUAAACUUCUUGAUGCAGAAUAACAAUAACGAUAUAAAUGUAAUGUCCUCUGAGUUUUUCAAGCGCCUUCAGCGUGGAACUUUGCCAACAAUUAAAUACCACGCCCAGCAAGAAAUUGUUGCAGGGGUGCAGAAUUGCUUGAGCUAAAAAAAGAAACCAGACCCCAUGCAAAAGCUUUUGAUCACUAAUGAUUAAAAUUAAAACCCAUGCCAAGUAAAUAUCAACAAUAGCUCGAAAAGGUUUUUAAAAUAAUUGAAAGUAUCGAAAACAAUUGAUAAGUUUCCGACUCUGGUUUGAAAAUAGUUGUACUGAGGUGAGAAUCCUAAAAUAGCGGCAGUUAAUGGAGUCCACUUUUAAUUUUGAAUUUGUGACUAAUUAAGAUUAGAAAAAAAGCUUUUAUUUUUUGUGUUGUAAAAGGAAAAUUGCUUUAGGGUGUUCCAAAGGAAGAUUAGCGGAAUGGAUAAGACAAAACUAGAGCUUACCACGCUAUAAUUUUUAAGCUAAAUUAUCUUCAAGGUUGCUUUCUGCCUUCCUCGUUGAAGAAUUAAAAGAAACCCUGAAGUGCAAUGAGAUUUUGGAAAAUAGAGCAAUUUUAUGCAAAAAAUAACAAUAAUAAUAUUAAUAAAUAAAGGUAAAAUGUUAAGUUCGCAGCAGCAAUAGCCGCAGUAAAUGUAUCGGUUCAACUAAGUUGUUGAUUCGUCCAAAGAGGUUGUUUUCAUGACGGAGUGUUCUCUAAAACAGGGUGCAAACUGGGUUUACAAAGAUUUCAUAUCAAGUUUGUGAAAAAUCAAUCAUUUUUGUGAAUCUGAUGUUUCCAAGAUUAACAUUUUUCAAGAAUUUGUAAAGAGAUGAAUCCUCUAUUAUCAUUGCAAUGCGAUGAUUAAAAAAAAUAGAGGGAUGUAAUAAGUUUGUUGAAGAGUUAAAGAUGUAUCAAGGAAAAAUUUUAGAGUGCCUAAAAUGCUAGGGCAAUCGAAUGGUGCCUUUUUUUGAAAAAAAAAUCAUGUUUUGAAUCAGCUCAAUUUUAUUUCUACUGAUCGGUGGAGCAAGAACAAACUUUUUACCCAGCGAAAGUAAAACCAACAAGCAAGUAUGAUCUAGGUAAACGAACAAAGAAAAAGAGUGAAGGACAAAUAUGAUAAGGUACAUAGUUACACAACUUCAAUGCCAUCAUCAAAAAGACACGUCUUCGAUCAUCGCCCCUACCUUAUUUGAUUGGAACUCGAGCAUAAAUUUGAUUCUAAUGACUGCAUUUAAACAGUUCUUUUCUUUUUUAUCCAAACACGUCUCCGUUAUUUUUGACAAGAGCGAAACAGAUCUCUUCUAAUGAACAAUUUUUAAUAAAACUGCUAUAUACGUUUGAAUGAGGCUAUCGUGGUUGAGGCUAUCUGCCAAAUUUAUCUCUAAAAUAUAUUAGGUACAUGCAUGUUUCAUUUUUAAGAAGUAAGCAACCAAGCUGAAGUAUGAAAGAAAUCUAUGACCGCGGUAAGUACUUAAAGCAAACAAUCAGAUAACUGUAUCAGAUGUGUUAAUUCAAUGGGAAAAUGAACUUACCCAACAUGUGUUUGGGUGACGUGGUAUUCGGACUUAUGUCAAAUAGUUUGUUCCCUUUGCCAAAUCGAAUUUGAAAUUGUCUCCUUGCCUUUUAAAAAUCAAAUCUUAACAUUUGCAUGGUAAUUUUCACAUGAUAGUCAACUUUCGUGUACGCCUUAACGUCCCCGAGCUUGAAAAUCUCAAAGUUAAUAAUUUUCUUUCAUGAACAAUAAGGGCAUCCAGACGCAGCUACCAAGCUAAGAAUUACCCAUUUUUUUUUUCAAUUGAUAUAAAUACCAUUUCAAAUGCGACUGGUCUAUAUUCUAAGCAUUGUAAGUUUGAAAAUAAAAACUAGUCUAGCACGUUCAGAACAUUUCUACCAUGUUAAGUGAUUAUUAUUCUCAUCUGAGGAAUAAAAGAACAGCAUCGUACGAAUUUAUAAUUACCGAAGAAACAGGGUCCGUCUGAACACAAUGUAGAAAAUAAGCCGUUUCAGAGCUUUCGCACAAGCGUACACAGCCGUCUUUGUGAACUGGGGUCUCAAGUUAUUUAAAGAAUACUUAUGGCAACAGAUCAGCCCUCUUGGAAUUUCAGAGAUUUCAACAAGAUUUCAAACUCGGUUAAUAGGAUCUCAACAGAACUGAUGUUCCGGACUAUUUAGAUCAGGUUCUCUGUAUUUGGCAUUCAUGACUAACUGUACACAAUUCUUUAGUGCGGCGUUGUUAAGGUCGCAGUCAUGAUUGUUAAGGUCGCAGUGAGAUUUGUUAUUAAUUGUGGAUGCGAGGAACAGAAGAAAAACUUUAACUUUGUAGUAUUUAACAACUUUUUAACUCAUGGGCCCGCUUGUUCUUCGUCUGCUUAUUUUUCGCGUCUUUUCAUAGAUUUUCACAGCCACAAAACAACAAUAUCCCGUCUUUAAAUGGCCUCGUGCAUUCAAACCAAAUCUCUUUCUUUGAUUUGCAUUACUUAAACUAUCUUAAUUCAAUCGUAGAACGCUUAUUAGACAUAUCUUAUCUGACGUCCCUCUGAUUGCAGUGUAUUUUUCCCAUCAUAUGUUCCGUAGGAGCUCGCCGAGCGAGGAAAAGCGUCAUACGUAUGCUAGUUGUUGUGGUAGUUCUGUUUACCGUUUGCUGGCUUCCAUACCACGUGAUGAUGAUGUACGAUAACUUUGGUGGAAAAAUGACGGGCACCGUCUUUCAGUUGAUAAUGUUUGGCUUUUGGUUAAGUUUUGCCAACAGUUGCUGUAACCCCAUUGUUUACGCAGUAUUGAACCGCAACUAUCGCAAAGAGUUCGGUAGAUUGUUAAGGUAUGCAUCAAAUAAUAAAGAGAAAAACAAUUAUAUGAAACUACUCCACCUUUAGUCCUGAUUAUCGCUGUUUUCGCUAUUCGGGAUGAGCGCGGGCUCGCUGGUAAUCAUGCCUACCCCGCCAUGAAAUUUACACUCUUAGUUUUGUACGUCUUUUAGAUUAAAAAAACAAAAAGGAAAAAAAAAUUCUUACAAUGACAAAGGAAAGGUAAAAAGCAGCCUUUUGAUUUGAAAGUAAGCCUUUUUGUCUCGAAAAAACGGCGGUUGGAUUCUUGCUUUGGCUCAAUGCAGAUUUUCCCUGUGUUCUUCCCUAGGUGUCAAGCACCUAAAGCCUACAGGAAGUCUGGCUCGCAACAUGGUAAGAACAGACGAUUUUCUUUGGAAACAAAAACAAGUUACAAGAUAACCAAGCUAUCUCUGAAUAAAAAGAAUAGUACCAACGAAGAUCUUUCAAUGGAAAACAAAGCCAUGGCUAAUAGCGUCCAAGGAAACAGUUCAAGCGGCAACUCAAGCCAAGGACCAAAAGAUGAAAAACUGCCGGUAUGUUUUGAGACAGGAAUAUGAUCAAUGUUGCAAUUAUUCUCACUGAUGACCAACACUUCUUGGGAUAACUGAUGUUUUUUUGAUCGUAGAAAAAACAACAGAGCAAGGUGAAGAAGACUAAACCCAUUAUGGUUUAAAGUCCAUGCAUGAUAACAAUAAAGUUGCAUAUAAAGACAAUGGAUCCUCUGCGACACUCGCGGCCAUCACAAAGACAUUGGAGCGCGGUUUUUCUUUAUUGCUUAAUUUUAUCGUCGAGCGAAAAUCUCACUGCGAACCAAAACAACACGUUUAGGGAAAAAAAACGUUCAUGUUAGCCCACGACGAGUUUCUUUAAUUUGCAAUCCUAUUCAGGUUAUGGCCCGAUACAGAUCUCAAGUCUGCUACUCAGAGGGAGCGAAAUUUUGUCGCCCAAUCAAGCGCUGAUUAAUGAACUCACUGCAUGCAGGAGUUAACAAAAAAAAUUAACAGAAAUUUUUGAUAAUGGUAUUCAUUUGCAUCAGAUAAUGCUGGAAAUUAGCUGAAUGCGACGAUACAGACAAUAUAAAAGGAAUCCCGUCAGUCACUUCAACCUGAACGAUCGGUUGUACAUGCAACCGGGAAGCUCAGUGUUAAAACUUAUGAAAUAUCAACAGGUAUGUCUGCUCUCCUCUAUCGAUUAUGAAGUCAGCUCAUAGCCCAGUUUCAGUACACUUGUGAGCUGUCAUGGAGUCUAUAAAAGGCUAGAGACAAUUUUGCAAAUACUAAAAAUAUGUGCAAUACAAAAAUGAUCAGUACUGAACUGAACGAUCCGAGUAAUUCACUGCAUGUAAGUAGUAAUCCUUUUGAAAUUUCACGAGCAUAUACCGAGAUGGAAAUGUAACAGUUUGCGUUAGAAAGUGAAGGAAAUAGACCAUGAGUGUCAUUAAGAGAUUAGAAACUGUUUACAAUCUCUUAGCGUCAAGAAAAGUUUACCUCUGCGAAUACGAUUCAAAAUACCACUUGAAAUUUCCCCCUUCAAAUAUGGACAAAUCUUUCGCUUACUUUUAAAGCUGUGAGCUAUGACCACUGGUUUAGAACCCUCUAAACAGAGUUUCAUAUUAACAGCAAGCUACGUAAAUAUUUAAGUCAAACAAUAACCAUUUGACGCGACCACGUAGAGGUUCAGAUUUCAACAUUGUGCCAUUUAAGAUGAACAAAGUGUUCAUAAGUAUCGAAGACAUUCCAUUUUACAUAAAGCGAAUUUCAUACAUGUACAACAACAACAGAAGGUUGGUUAUAUUUAAAGCUAUGUCUAAUUUGCAUGAACUAAACAAGCUUUCUCCCUUCAACCGUUUUUACGAACUGAAUAAGGAAAUCUCUUUACUUUCUGAAGAUGGGGGAUCUUUUUCAUUCUUUUUUCUUUCGGUUAUACUCAAGAACAAGAGGAAAAGUAAGGGUUACAGGACAAGUUCAGCGAAAUAAGUGUUAAAUUUUACCGCACACGUGGUUGUAAAUCAACGUGGAAUUCUUAUUGAGCUCAAGAAUUCCACACUGAAUCUUGUAAGGAUCUUCUCGGAAAACAGGGCUACUUUGUGAAGAUUCUACAACAAAAUAGAUCGGAAUAAAUUAACCUCACCUUGUCUGAGUGUGCUUUGUUGUUAUUGUGAUGUGAAGGAAACAGUGCAGCC